AUGCAAUCCGAAAUUGAUUUAUUGAAACAGGAGAACGCCAGACUUAUGGCUAGAAUCAAUGAAUUGGAACAGAUCGCGAAAGAAAAAGAUGAGCUUGAGGUUAGAAUUGUGGAAUUAGAACGGACUACAAAGUUAAGUCAAACAGAAAACGCAGAGCUCAAGAAUGAAAUUGCAAAAUUAAAACGAGCUGUUAAGAAUAUUGAAAAGCAAAAUCGUCCAGUUACUAAUGAUUUAAAAUCUUCGGAAUAUUCCACUUCACUACCUAACAAGAGUUGCUCAAAUGGUGAAAAUGCGCAGAUUAAAGAUUCUUCAACUCACCACGAAGCGGAUCAAUCCAUGACUAGCACUGACUUAGUAACUUCAGAACAGGUAGUUAACACAAUUUCCAAUACAUCUAACCUUAAUGAAACAUGCUCCGGAAAAUCUAAAUCAUUAGAAGAUAAAGAAAUUGAUGUCUUUUUAGAUUCGGAAAAUAAGAAAAGGGUUAGUAAUGAGAUAAGGCAGAGGAAUAUGGAGAAAAAGCUAUUACAUAGUAAUGAAGCUUCUGCUUCUCAGGAUCAAGACCUAUCUUUAAUUAAUCAGGAUGCUUCAACGGGAUCUGAAAAAACAAUAACAUCCUUAUCAUUAUGUGAUGCAAAAACUAUGACAAAAUGUCACGAUCUUAACAAUUCUGAUACUUAA